AAACGCACAAGGAACACCAGGUUGGAACUAGGCCCUCCAGCCCCCGAAUCUCUCUUUGGCCGGGCCCAGGGGUGGACUGAUGGUCCCUCUCGCUCAAACCCGGCCUUGCUUUUCCCGGUACAACUACCGGCCGAACGCUUUUUCUACCACCCGCUGCGCUUACAGCGCCCUGGCGCUUUUACGUACCCUACUGCCGAUCGCCCGCUCACCAACAAGGAGCGCUGGAAUACGGCCCGACCCCCGUGUGCCCCCGGGUUUAAUUUGUUAGGCCCCUGGGUGUGCCGGUUUAGACCACAAGGUGGCGGAGGUUUGUGGAAUUAAAGUGGGGCGCGGGGAAGCUAAACGAGCCCGAAGCGCGGCAGCUAGGCCAUUGGUGUUAAGCUCGCCGGCGCUGGCCCAGGAAGACCCCUCAAAACCAGCAGCAACCUCUACGUGCUACGGGCAGGAAUCUCCUGGUUUAAGAUAGUAUAAAAUGCCACAUCACUAGCAUGACGAGCACGGCGGCCACAACCACCACAACGGCGAUGGGGCUGGGUACGACCACUCGGAUGACGUUACGCCCGCGCUACAAAACUUCUUCGACCGCGUCAUGACGCUUAACGACGUUGAGCACGGGUCCAGCGCCGCGGUCGCGCGCAAGGACUGGGCUGCGCACCUGGACCCGACCCAGGAGCUGGCCAGCGACGCCGACGAGCAGCUGCUGAUGCAUGUUCGUCCCGGGGAUGCCCGUCGUGGUGAACGAGAAUAUACAUCAAGGCCGAAGGUCGUCAACGGUGCCAGUUACGUGGCAGUGGACGCCAUUCUUGAUAAGGCGUAUCCGGGCCAUCGUAUUAAUGCCAACGUCGACGCCGCAGAACCGUUAAGGCCUGCUCCUUGGACGGACUUGGGUGCUAUCGAAGAGAGUAUGAAUGAGAUCAUGUAUACUGAGGCCGCCAAGGUUCGCGAGUACGACUCUGGGGCCGUCUUGGCCCAAAACGAUACUGCGCGGGCCCUGAAGACGGUAGGCGGCAUCUGGGGCGGAGACAAUGUCGAACACUACCAGUGGGCGGACAGAGGAGGGCAUUACUGCAACAAAGUCCGCGCAGCGGCUCGUAAGGUGAGGGACUGGGAUGAAGCUGUACUGAAUUUAAAUAGGAUAAUCCACAGACGAGCGGGGCAAAUUGGACGACUCAGGGUUAGGGAGUCGGUUAACCCUAUCGACUGCGGAGACUUGAUACACCUGAAGGCCUGGACUCAUAAAGGUCGAUACGUAGCGAAAGACGACAAGAAAGGAAUCGCCUUACCUUUCCGGAAGCUAGCCGUUACCGAUAUACCAGCCGGUUUCGGCUUCGACAAAUUCGGACUCAUGCCCAAACACGCCAAGGCGGCAACCCAUCGGGAGAGGAGCGACGGAGACCGAAGGGAAGAGCUUGCUGGUUCUCUGCGCAGCUUAAACGAAAAGUUCGCCAAGAAGGAGCGGCUGUCUCGGGGGCAAACGUGGAGCACGCCCAUCCCUCACGACAGGAAGGUGACCACGGUUCAGGAAUUCUACAAAGCGUUUCACGACAUGAGCACCCUGCUGAUUCAAACCUGUAUGGUCUGCUACCGGAAAUGCGCUAAGGUGGAGCUGGAAACGAUCGAGUAGGAUUGGAGGGCAAGGAGUCGCGUCGGGAAGCGGGAUGGUUCACCUUUCGCGUGUCGUCGGUGUUUCCCGCCGGGAGAGAAGAUUCCCGGUUGCGCUGACUGUGUAAGGCAUCUAAGGAAAGGCGGUGUGUCGGCCGG